AUGUCCUCAAAUCAAUUUCAAGACACUGACGAAGAUCCUUCCCAGAGGAGAUGGCGGCAGCUCCAGGAGACCCUAGGAGAUGUAUCACAUCAAGCAUACCCGCAGAACUUUCCACCCACUUUCGCUGCACCCCCUGACCCAAAUCUGCCCGCGUGGGACUUCAGAACUGAUCGUUUUCACCGAGGGAUGGGAAGCGAUAACAAUUUACCGUUCUCCGAAAUGGUGGGGAACAAUUUUGAAGGAAGAGAUCAUCUAGAUACCCAUCCCAUACGACCGAAUUCAAAUCUCAUCUGGGCUGAUACCGAAGAUAGAGCAUCGUCUGCACCUGGGCCACAACCUGAGCUUGUAGGCACUGCUUAUCUAACACAUUUUGCCACACGUUCAGAUCCAGAGGGUAACGUGGUCGAUUCAUUCUCGUUUCCUGAUCAUAGGGGAGAUCUCGAAGGGGACGCAUACCUUGAUCAUUUUGCAAUUCAGCUUGGGACCGAAGACGGAGAUACAAUGGGUCACAUAGAGGCAAAAGACACAACAUCAGAAUACGCACCUUCGUCCUCACGAGAUGUCGAUGAUGAGACUGAGGAAGAUCUCAAAGUUACAACCGAGAGGUCGGAGCUGAAUGACCCGACCAAACCAAAUGUACUUGGUCUGAGUGAAAACGACCGGAUUCUAUUACAGACAUUUUCCGAUACUUUCUUCUCCUUGCGAUCAUCCAAAGACCCGAGAAUGAAAGAUAUCGGCCGUGGUCGUUGGGGAGGGAAGAAAUCGAUUUUGACCACUUACGAUCCAGAUAAACAUCAUACUGAUCUAAAGCACUUCCAAACGAUAGUCGAUGGUUUAUGUUCUGGAACUUUGGAUAAAUGGCCUCCUAUACCUGAAAUCAAGUUGAAAAGUUUUUACCAACUAGCUAAAAAUGUUCCUGUCGUUUUUCAUCCACUCAAAAACGACUUGGUCGAUCAAGUUGAAAGAAUUGUUGAUAAAGUCUGCGAUACCGAUAUCCAGCGUUUUCUCCCACUUGGCCAGAGAGCCGAUAGAAGAAAGAAGUAUGGUUUAUUUCCCAUCACUUCCCAAGAGGUCAUCGAGUAG